AUGGUCCAAACUAGAUCGAAACGAUCGAAGCAAGAAGUUUUCGAAGAAAUAAUGCCCUUGCCACAAUACGCCGAGGAUUACUUCAACAGAGUGGAUCCUUUUGAAUGGAAACUGUCACAUUUUUUACGUUAUACGGAAAAAUCACGAUCAAAUAGCUUGUCAAGGGAUCAAAUAUUACGUGCUUUCAAAACAGGAUUGAAAGAUGUGGUGGAAAAAAUGUCCGGUAAUGGGAACAGACCUAUAGUUUUAGAUCCAGAGUCGCGGUCUCCAGCCACCUACGCAGAAACAGAUGUUUGUUCUCGUGUGGGUGGUCCGAGCCACCAGCUGUCUAAGACAAGGAAGCACGCAUCCGUCGCUAUAGCGACGUGGUACUUCUGCUGGCAGGAGAGUCGCGAGUCUGAUGAGAUUGAAACUUAUUGGCAAACUGUACGAGCAAAGACAGCAAUCAAUAUCGCAAAAAGCCAUCACAAACUUCAGAAGGUUUCCCAAAUAACUGUAAACCUCCUAUGUGGAGAGGAGUUGCCCAGAAAGCGAGUGAGACUAGAUGAUGAGGUGUUCUCGAGUAGUGAUGAUCAUGAAGACUAUGAGGGUGAUGAUAUAAUCAAUUCACAGACAGUAUAUAAGGCCGAGGAGCAGGAGGCCGAAAAUUCCUCUGGCAACGAAUCUGAAAAUGGGGAUGAUUACCAGAAUGACGAGGCAUCCAAGGAUUGCUUAAGAAAGGUACCGAUGGAUAAUGAGGAUGAUGAACUGGAGGUGCAUGCUAAAGAGACCAUUCGGAACGAUGGAGAAAAAUGGAUCAUAUGUGGCACCGAUGUACGUGACGCAUUAUCAAAAUGGAAAAAAAAACCAGACCGCGCACUGACAUUUUAUGACAUCGUAGAUGUUACGCCAGGGUCGAAUAGUGAUUUUAUACGAUCACUUCCUAAAGAUGUAGUGCAUGAGAUAAGACAGUCAAAGUUAUUGCCGGCACCUGUUAUCGAUAAUGCGGACGGAAUGAAACAAUAUAUUAUUGAUUUUAUUAAGACGAAAAAAUUUCGUGAAUAUGUCGAUGAAAGUUAUGUGAAAACACGAAAGAACAAUGUUAUAAAAUUCAUAUGGGACUAUUUGAACCUCCUUGUGGAAUCAUUUGAAAGAGAUAAUGAUCUCGCCGACUAUAAUUUAUCUGAGCUAGGAUAUCGGGAAAUCUUCCUCACACCUCUAAUGCGCAGUCUCUUCCGUGGAAAGCAUCGGGAAAUGAGUAUUUUUUUCGGUGAAAAAUGUCUUUUCGCUUCAUUGGAAGAUCGAAAUCGGGAAAAAACCGAUGAGGAAGAUCGUAAUGCUGGUCGAAAAAUAGACAUCAUCUGGUCUAUGAAACCAACCGACUUUGAAUUUUCUAUAUGUGAAGUUAGUGGGCCACCAAACCAGCAUAAUCAUACGCACUUUUUUAAUGAUAAACUUAAGAUUGCCAAAAUGUUGAAGGUUAUCUUGAAUAGGAUCGUAAUAAAAUAUGGUGGUGCGGGCAUGAAUUUGAGUUCAUUAAAAUUGUAUGGCUUACAUGUUUAUUAUAAUGAAAUAAUGGUAUAUGAAAUGUCAAUACCAUUUCGUGGAUUAUACGUUUUUUGUGAAGUAUUACGAUCAAAACUCCCAACAAAUGAUGUUGAAGUGGGGUUAAUGUCACGAUCAGUACCAGUAUUGCUCGAAUUCAAGAAGUUACUUGAGAGGAGUUUAACUGGUCUUAAAGAUUAUAUUCAAGAUGCAUGUACUCGUACACCGGAUGACAAUGGAAACGCAGACCUAUUUAUUACAAGUACUGAUUUAACGCCCACAACAAAUAGAAAACAACCGAAUGGACGGGUAGCUAAAAAAAAAAGAAAUAAUGACCCCCGAGAUUAUUAA